UGGUUACCGUCUCGCUAAGAUCCAUCAUCAUUUUAGACCAUCAUUUUAGAGCCCCCCCCCCCAAAUGGAACACAAUGCAGCAGGCGAUGGCCUCGGCGAUAGCUCACACCAGCAAUGGCUCGCCAGACUCGUCGCUGAGUCGGCACGGCUGGGAAGACCGGUCGCUCCGCUCGAUGACAUAGGCGACUUCACCGCGAGAGACGGCGGCCCACAGAUCCCCCCUGAUCAGAUGGACUACUUGCUCAGCUUGCUCAAAGUUUUACUCGAUGGUAGGAGCAUAGUUGCAUCUUACAAUUAUGUCUUGCUCGUGCUCCUGGCUGGCUUCACAGCCCUUCAUCUGCUGGAGAGGAGGAGGUGCCGGAAAAGGUGGGAGAGGAGAGUGCAUGCAUCGUUCACCACCGUUGACGGGGAACCAAAAUAUAACAAGAGCGUACCCGAGGUCGCAAGUUCCUCAUCCUCGAGCAGCUCUUACGGGACCACAACUCCUUCAGGCACAGUGAAGGAUAUUGCGCCGGAUCUCGAAAGACUGCCGCUGCUCAGACCGAAUCAUGGACAAGCAAAGAUAAACAAGUGGGCGCGCGUAAAGAGCCGUGUCGACUGCUGGUUGGAAUAUCAACCAAGGCCGCUUCCGCUGGUCAGGAGGACUCUCCCAUCAAACGCAACUUCCAUGUUCAUCACAAUAUGGGUCGGCAUCAAUGCCUUUUUUCACCUAUACCAAGUUCAUUUGCUGGACCCGAAAUACUUCUUCUGUUUCGCCGAUCGAGCUGGGCUUGUGUUCAUCGUCAAUCUGCCUCUGCUCUAUCUCCUAGCUGCCAAGAACCAGCCGAUCAAGGUCCUCACAGGUCGCUCGUACGAGGCUCUGAACAUUUUUCAUCGCCGCGUGGGUGAAUGGAUGUGCUUCGAAGCAGCCGUCCAUUUCGUGAGUAUGGUCGUCUGGCGCUUCGCACCCAUUAAGCCUGCCUGGUUAGAUGGCGAGGGAGGCGCCAAGGCCUAUUUCACUCAUCCGCUCAUCUUACUUGGUAUCGCUGCCUUUGUGGCCUACGAGCUUCUAUACUUCACGUCCCUAGGAAGCUUCCGUCAGCGAUGGUACGAGAUGUUUCUCGCAUCUCACGUGGUAUUGCAGAUCGUCGCACUGGUAUUCCUUUAUCUACACUUUCAUACGGCGAGGCCAUACGUGCUUGCAUCGCUGGCCAUCUUCAUCAUUGAUCGUGUCGUGUGGCGCAUUGGACUGAAAACUACCACGAUAACGACGAAUCUUACAGUACUACCCGAUGGUGACACAAUAAUGAUGUCCGCCAACUGGGACAAGCCUGCCCCGGCACGAUCCUGGCUCUACUGGCCACGCCACAACAUCAAGUUUGGAUGGAAGCCGACAGACCACGUCUUCCUCUCGGUACCUGCCUUGGGACGAAAGCACGCCUUCCAAGCACACCCAUUUACCAUCACAUCAGCUGCGCCGGUAUUAGAAAGGAGAACGGGGGGAGAUCAGGGGCAGUCAACUCACUACUGGCUGAACUUGUUGAUUCGGGCUCAGAAAGGAUUCACGGCCGAUCUGCUAUGCUACGCUCACCGCCACCAUAGCGCCAAUGUUCGCCUUGACGGGCCUUAUGGCUCAUCUCACGCCCUAGAGAUGCUACUUGCGGCCGAUAAUGCAAUCCUUGUUGCAGGAGGCAGUGGUAUUGCGGUCACGUUUCCAUUGGUCUGGGCUCUCUUGAUGGGAGAAGGGCUUAACGAAGUUUCCCACAACGGCGCCCUUGCGCCGAGAGGCAAGAAGACGCACCAGAGAGUGCGCAUGAUGUGGAUCGUUCACUCGGACGAACACCGCUACUGGCUUCCCAGCUCCACGCUCGACGACCUUGUUGCCGCUGGUUUGGACCUUGUCGUUCCACCUUCCACCGCUAUUGCAGGGCGGCCAGACGUGGUCGACACUGUCGAGCGAUGGAUCAGAGAGGCUGGUGAUAGUGAGACUGCUGUGGUUGUGUCUGGGCCCGAUGGUCUCAACAGGAUAGUUAGAAACACGUGCGCGAGGGCCAUUGGGAAGGGAGCAGAUGUUCGGUUGGCAGUAGAGAAAUUUGGAUGGUGAUGCUGUUUUCAAGCUAUUGCAUGGCAGGUAACAUUUAUAGAUAUCUGGCUUUGAUACUGUGGCCUGAUUUGAGAUUAAGAUUGGCAUAGAAUACAGUCCUCAAAGAGCUGGUAAUAGAGGUUGGUUCCCGGAGAUCAGGGAAACAACCUGACACAUAAAUUUCCCCAGCUUGCGAUCGGGACAAUCAAUGUAGCUUCUUGCUCGC